CAGGGGCGGGGAGAGGUGGGGAGCGAUGCUUGUCUGUGAGCAGCAGCUUGGGCUGGCAGAGCGGCCUGGUGGUGGGCCAGGGCGCCAUGGAGGCAGGGGGCUCCCCAGGUUUGGAACAAAGACCUCAAGCGCAGGUCCUCUGAGCAGGGGCCAGCGGGAUGGUGAAACCCGAGAGAGCAGGCCCCCGGCAGGAUGGCUGCUGCUGAGAGGAGCCGGCGGUGACUGAUGCCCGUAGUGGCAGCUCCAUCUUCUGAAGAUGGGGUGGCCCAGGUGAAGCUCAGGCCAGGCCCCAUGGCCAGCUCGGGGACGGAGGUCCGCUGGGCCGAGCCCGGCCUGGGGAAGGGGCCCCAGCGGCGGCGCUGGGCCUGGGCCCAGGAGGAAAAGGAUGCUGUUGGGAGUGUGCCACGUGGCUGGGGAGAAGAAGGGCCCUUCCCCACCGCCACCAGCCCCGAGCUCCUUGAGGACUUCCGUCUGGCCCAGCAGCACCUGCAGCCACUGGAGUGGCACUUGGAGUCGCAGCCUGAUGGGCACCAGGCUUCCGACUCGGAAGAGUCUGAAGAAGAAGAGUUUGAAGCAGAGGAUGUGGACAGCCCAGAAAGUUCCAACUUGCCUCUCAGCUGGCUCCCCCAGCAGGAUCCUGCACUGGACAUGACUGGAGAGGAGCCAGAUGAGGCCCUCGGAGAGCAUGAGGCUGAAGGAGCUGGAGAGAGCUCUCCACGGUCGGGGUAUAAGGCGGGUCUCUGCUCCGGGAACAAUGGAAACACCAGCUCCACGGCUCUGGGGUGGGAUCAGGCCACAGGCUGGGUGGCUUCUGGCAAGCAAGCCAGUGGAGACAGACUUCCAGAACAUUCUGAGGUCAACCCAACUAUUGACCUCAGUUCGGCAAGGUCCUGGAGCAGUGGGACUGUGAGCCUCGGCCACCCUAGUGACAGCCUUGAUUCUACCUGGGAAGGAGAGACCAAUGUCCCCCAGGCCACUGCCCUAGCAGAAGCUCUGCCACAAAGCCCCCAUCACCACCUCCUCAAUUCAGACAGCAGAACUGGAGGAAGUGUUGCUCUGGCAACCCCCUCGGAAUUCCAGGACUCAGCACCCCCAGCCCACAGCCUCCAGUGUCCCGAAGACAGAUGGAGGAGAGAGACUACCAGCCUCUCCUGCCCUCGGCCGGGGGACCAAGCUUGGAAGCGGACACGGACAUCACCUAAGGCACUCCCUUCCCGAUUCACUGGCUCUGUCAGCCCCCCAAAUCCUCGGCCUAGGCCUGCCCGGCAGGACAGGCCGCCACCCAGGGAGGGAGCCGCUGUGGCUGGCCACUCAUCUUCGGAUGCUCCCAAGUACGGCCAGGGGCGGCUGAACUACCCGCUCCCUGACUUCUCCAAGGUGGGACCCCGGGUAAGAUUCCCCAAAGAUGAGAGUUACCACCCACCCAAGGCCAGGAGCUGCAGCAAGCAGGCUCGGGACCCCGGCAGACCACUGAUCUUCAAGUCGCCCGCCGAGAUUGUGCAGGAGGUGCUGUUGAGCAGUGAGGAAGCCUGCUCAGGAAAGGACCCACCUCCUCCCCACCCAUUCACGGGGGUACCCCAAGAAUUUCAGACGCCUGAACAAGCCACCAAACUGGUCCAUCAGCUCCAGGAGGACUACCACAAGCUCCUCACCAAGUACGCUGAGGCUGAGAACACCAUCGACCAGCUGCGCCUGGGGGCCAAGGUGAACCUCUACUCGGACCCACCCCAGCCCAGCCACAGCAUCUGCACAGGGAUGGUGCCCCAGGGGACCAAGGUCUUGUCCUUCACCAUCCCACAGCCCCAUUCUGUGCAGCGGUGGCCAGGGCCCAGCGAGGCCCUGCAGGCCUCCGAGGCCUCAGGGUGGCCGUCAGCUCAAGGAGAUCCGAGCCCCUCCUCGCCCUUCAGCACACCCACCCCAGGGUGGCUUCCGGAGAACCCAGGCGUCGCUCAGGACCAGCCCUCAGCAGAGAGGGCCCAGGUGCUGGCGUCUCAGGCUAGUCGAUUCCUGGCCAAGGUGGAGUCCUUUGCGGGCCUGAUGCAGGCAGGACAGCUGACUCCCCAGGACCAACUCCAGGGCUUCCAGCGGCUGAAGGCUGCCCACUCGGCCCUGGAGGAAGAAUACCUGAAGGCCUGCAGGGAGCAGCACCUGGCCCCGCAGCCCUCUGGCUCCGAGGGGACGCCUGAGAAGUUUGAUCCUGGCAGGGAACUGGAGGCGGAGAUAUUCCAGCUGGGAAUUCGCCUGGAUGAGCUGAAGGACUACAUGGGACAGAAUCAGCAGGAGCCUGAGCAAGCAGGGUCAGACUCACCUCUGGACAGCCCCCCAGCCACGCCCUCCCCCCACAGGCCAACGUGCCUGUCCUCUCCCUCAAGACAAGCCCACACGCCGGCCAGCCAGACCCUCUGCCCAGAGGUACCUCUUUGCCCCAUCGUGUUGCCCGACGCCACCAGCGCUGACCCCUGCGCAUUGCACGUGAACGGGGAGAUGAGCCCCGCUGGCAGUGGGGUGGAGGCCAGGCCCCUGGGGCUCCCGGCCCGACUCAGGCACAAGGAGCUGCAGGGGGAGCAAGAUUUCCAUGGGCUCCUGGAGCGGUACCUCAGUGUGAAGUCCCUCCCAGAAGCUGUGAGGACAGAGGAGGAGGAGGAACAGAGCAGCACGCUGACAGUGGAUGGGUCAGCUCCAGCUCCAGGGAUGGCAGAGACUGGCAGGCUUUCCUCAAGGCAGCUCCCGGUGCAGGCUGGGAGAAGUCCCCUCGAGGAGACUGUGGAGCAGAUGGCACCCAGGAAACCAGGCUUCCGUGCACCCAGGGCCAGAGAUGGGCCCCUGCUGGGCCUGGGCAAGGCCGAGGCAGCUCCUCUGGGCCUGGGUAGCCACGCGCAGGGCGCCAAGCCCACGGCGUCCCACCAGAGCAGUCUGACCAGCCUAGAGGGAAGCGGCGUCUCUGAGCGCCUUGCACACAAGUCUCUACGCCAGGCUGGUGGUGCGCAUCCGGAGGAGUCCUGGAUGGCGUCACCCGAGACAGACAGUGGCUUUGUGGGCUCAGAAACCAGCAGAGUGUCGCCCCUCACCCAGACCCCAGAGCAUCGGCUCUCCCAUAUCAGAACCCCAGGGACACUAGCCCAGCCCUUCACUGCUUCUGUGCCCCGGGAUGCAGCCUCCCACCCCCGGGCCAGGGAUCUUCCUGUCCCCAGAAGAGCCACUGAGCCAAGAACACCCAGGAGCCGAACCCAGAGACACCCCUUCACGCAGGACAGUCCUCUCCGGCAGAGGGCACCCAGCUUCCGCCUGGAGCCGGGGAUGGCAGCCGACGUGGCGGUGCCUGGCUCACAGUUGGAGGGGCGAAAGCGGAUUUCUGAACAGCUCCACCCCAGCACGAGAGUCAGCCCACCCUCCACCCCGGCCCCUGCAGCUGCUGCUCUGCCCCGUGGACCAACCGAGACCACCCCGGCCCUCCUCACCAGGACAGGGCGAGACCAGGCCAUCCGCGAGCUACAGCAGGAGGUGUCCCGGCUCCAGCUCCGGCUGGAGGACAGCCUGCACCAGCCACCUCAGGACAGCCCCACACAGCCCGCGUCCACAUACGACCGCCCUGCCCGGGCCCGGGACUGGCCAGCAGAUUCCCCGGCCGCCUGGGGCUCUCACUAUGGCAGUAAAUCCACAGAGAGACUGUCCAGUGAGCCUGGAGGUGCUGAGCAAGCUGUCCCCACAGGAAGGCGGCGAGCCAGGUCCUCCUCGGUGCCUCGGGAGCUGCCCCGACUGUCCUGGAGUCCUGAAUCUGAGCCAGCCUCCCCGCGGCUGUCCUCUGAGAAGGGCAGGACCACCAGGGACAGCCCAGAGGCAGCUCGGGACAAAAUGAGAGGAAUUCGCAGUACCAGUCGGCCAGACAGGGUCACCUUCCGGGGCCAGUAUACAGGCCAGGAAUACCAUGUUCUGACCCCUAAGAUUGUCCCAAGAAGCAGUAGCACAGUCUCCUGUCCCCACUGCCAGCCUGUUAGGACCCAGGACACAGGUGCUAUCACCAGCAACCCACGGGGACCGUCUCCCACUGAUGCCCUGCGAUGUCCCCUGUGUGGUGGAUUUGGGUCCACCCUGGAGGGGGAAGGCCCAGACGCAGCCACCUCUGGGGCAGAAAAGUCCGCCACAAGGAGUGCACCUUCAACGUCCAACCCCAAGCUGAGGAGCAGACGAGCGGGCUCACUGCCCCGGCCGCCCCCUGGACUGUGGUACCUGGCUGCGGCGCCUUCCGUACCAGCCCCUCCUGCUUUUGCCUACGUCUCCUCGGUUCCCGUCAUGCCUUACCCACCAGCCACUGUGUUCUACACGCCUCCAGGAGGACCUACCUCAGCCCCCUCAGCCCGACUAGCUGCUGAGUGGCCCGCCGCAGCCUCCUCUCGGCCAGCCGGAGGACACCGGCACUCCAUCCCGCUGGAUCUGGAGGACCUGGAGGAGCUCAACAGGGCCCUGAGCCGAGCCGUCCAGGCGGCCGAGCGGGUCCGCUCCACCGCCAAGCACAUGAGCCGCUCCCUGUCGGCCGACCUGCGCCAGGCCCACAGCCUGCGGGGCUCCUGCCUCUUCUGAUGGCACUCGGGGCUCAGAGACAGACGGCGGACAGGCGGGCAGGCAGCUAGCCUGCUGCCGUCUCCCCUGCAGACCGCUUACGAGGAGCUCUCCCUCCAGCACAGGCCCUGCCUGCGCCAUCUCAGUGUUUUCCAGUGGAAGGGCCUUGGUCAUCAAGAGAAGUAACUUCCCAGGGCACCGUCCCCAGAAGCAAGUACUGGGACCAAGGCCACCUUCUGUCCAGAUGCAGUCUCUGAAAGUCUCCUGCACUUGUCCACCUCCAGCUAAUAAUAUGUGUUUUGUAUGUGGAAGGACAGAUAGUUUUUUAAGGGAGGAGUUUUCCUGGGUGUGAAUCCUCCCUGGGAUGCCUAUAAAAAGGGGUGGGGCUGGGGUCUCCGGCACAAACCUGCCCACCUGCCUGUGACCCACACUUGGGAACAGGCGUCUCUGGAAAGAUGUGGCUGGGGACCUUUCCCCUGGUGGCUGAUGGUGGGACACUGGGUCCAUCGGGAUAUCGUGGGGCGCCGGUGCCCAGGAUGACUCACUCCCAGCUUCCCUGCGUUUGGGUCCGUCUUUCCUGUGGGCCUGCGGGGACGGAGACGCCCCAGGAAGCUAUCUGUCCACCGCGGCCCCUCUCAGUACCUCAUCUGCAGACCCCUGCUCGCUCCUGGGGUUCUCUGUGGCCUGGGGUCAGGCUGUCUUCUGCUCCCCAACCCUGUAGCGGCACGUACCUCAGCUUUUCCGGAAUGUGUGUGCACCAGUGAUAUUUGUAUAUUCGAGGCAUUUAAAAAUUCUAUUUUCGUUAUGAGGACAAAUGAAGAAGGCUGAAUAUUGAUCUUUAAAAAAAAAAAGGCAAAAAAACCCAAAAAACAUCCCUAAACUGCCUGUCGCUGAUGUGUCUCACUGACUUGUGGUUUCUAAAGUCCUUUUGGUGGGGUGUGGGGUGGACGCAGCGCCUUCCCCUAGGGGACCUGUUGGGUGCACAGCCCCAGACUCUUCCUGCCUCCUGGUGGCUUCUGUUCCUCCACCUUGUCCCCUCUGCCUGUCUCUGAACCAUAAACCUCUCGGCUGGACGGACCUGCACGGAGAGGCCAUUUGGCCAAGCCCCUCGUUAUUGAGGCCGGAGACGCAGAAACCUGGUGGCUGAAAAACACAAGACUGGACUCUUGCCAGGGCUCCUUUUAGCAGCAAACGGCGGCAGCUGUUCCUUGCUGAGCCCCUACAGGACGCCGGUCCUUGAGCUCAGUGCUCAGCGUGGCGGGCUCCCCGGUACACAUACCGGCCUUUCGGGUUCCCACUGUGUCCCCCACUUUACUGAUGUGGUUCCUGGGGGUCACCUACCCAGAUUCACAGUGGUCUGACUCCCAAGUUUGUAGUCGAUACCGAUUUUCUCUUCCUAAACCUCCACGAUUAUCUCCAACCCCCACCUGUUCCUGUGGCUUUUUUGCCAGUGUGCAGUUAAAGGGCACUCAUGGCCACUUAAUUUGGAGGUUCGGAUUCACAGACAGUAAAAAACCCAAGUCAAAGGUAAAUAGUUAAGCACUUUAUUCAGCGAGAGCAAAGAGAAAAAGCAAGAAUCAAAGCAUACAUCACCAGACGGGAGUUCACCAACACCCAAACACAGAUCCUGGGGAAUCCUGGAGACAGCGUUCAGGUCUGGCUGGGAAAGCUCCGAGCGAAGCGUCCUUCCCUUGGGUGAGAUUCCAAAGCCCCACUUUGGGGGCUAUGCUUAAAUAUGUUUUAGGCAAAACUGGCUACGCACCAAGGGCUUUGUGUCAAACUUAGGUAACUAACAGGUCCCUCUGGGAAAAUGGGCCAGUUCUCCCCAGGAGACAGCACGCCUAUAUUGCAUUCUUACAGUAAAGGUCACGGCUCGGGCAUAAAUGGGAUUCUCAAGGUCCCUUUAGCCGUCAGCCAACCUUCCCCACCCCUCUCACCUCCCUUGCUUCACCCCAUCACCAGGGCCCAUUUCUGUUUUAGUUUUCGAGCUGCCCCUCGGUAGAGUUGAAAGUGGGAUGUCGUAGAAAGUGACACUGAGGGUGGAGAGGAGAUUCCUUGGAGGUUCUGAGUCUCUGGGUCCACACUCCUCCGGGUGCCAAGAGGCAUCCCAUGGACCUCAGGAUGGGUGGGGGGAGACCAAGGCGGAGGCCCAGGGCAGUGGCUCCAGCUUUGAGCAAAGAAAGCUGAAGACUUGGGUCCCUGGAGCCUGGCUCUUUGGAGGGUGUCAGCGUGUGAGCCUCAGGGCUGAGCAUCAGACUGCAGGGUAACAGGCCUGUUAAUUCCACCUGUGGCUCUAGGUGGCUCGGCCCCUCCCCCCCAUCAAAUUUUCCGAGCAGCUCAGCCCGUGGUGCUCCGCCCCUCACGUGCCCAUAAAUUAUGAAGCCCUCGGGCCUGGAAGAAGGCCGGGUUUUUCCUGCUGGCCUCCUGGCCCCUGGGGCUCCAUUUUCUAUUUCACUGCGUGGGUCUGCCUCCCAUGUGGCCCCAUCUCCAGGGUUCAAGGCACAUUUAUUUGCAAGAGGGCUGGUUUCUGGAGGCAAACUUGGCUCCUAGGUGUCAUAUCCUCCUUACGGGUGUUGGGUGUCAAGAGGCUGCCGUGAAGACACUUCACGGAGACACUCAGCCCCUCUGACCUCGGUCCCUAGGUCUCUCCUGUUCUGCCUUUGCCCUGGCCCAGGCCUCCACCUCUUAAUCAGGUUCAGUGGCGUCCAAGCGGGUCUUCCUGCCUCCAAUCAGGCCCCUCCCAACUCUCCUCUGCAGAUGGCCAGAUGAGGUCUGCAGUGAGGUCCUUUGUGCCUGGCAACACAUGCCCGAGUCCUCACUGCCUCUUCAUCACCUGAGCCUGCCUUUGGGUCCUCUGCCUCGAUGUUCUUCGAAUGUGCCCUCUCAGGUCGUUGGCUUGUGGCAGGAACAGCAGGUGUUUCCAAGCUUCUAACCUUCCUAGGCUGGUUCAGACGCCCCCUCCAGGAGACCUUCGCACGUGUCCCCGCUGCAGAAGGAACCUUCUCGUGCUCGUCUCCCACACCAUAUAGCGUCCAUCCAGACACACGUGCUGGGAAUUACAGUGGGGGCUUUUCCAAUCGGGGGCCAGCAAGGUCUU